AUGGCAAUCUCGCGCCCCUCCUCGCGCGACAGACACGGACAGACGACGCCCCAUGUCGCCUCGUCGCCUGCCUUGGACGACCUGAACACCAUUCUGAUGCAGGGCUCAAUGCCUGCCAGCUUCCAACGGAGCCGCGCCAUCUUUGCCAGCGAUGAUUCGUCUUGGAGGCCACGCUCGUUCUACGCCCACCGACGACAGAUCCAGCGUGCCCUACCCGUCGCUGCUGCUGCCUUCUGCACGCUACUUCUUCUUAUCCUCUUCCGCCUCGGCCUCUUCAGCUCAGACCAGCCACCACCGCUCAUCGUCGAUCCCACGCCACCCCACGACGAUGGCAGCUCUCGAUCAACCUUCUACCUCUGGGAGACGGCGAGCUCCUUCAAGCCCGUGACCCUCGAUCCCAAGGGCAAAUCAGCCAAGGACCUCUGCGCGACCUUUCCGCGCCAUAUCCUCGACACCAUUCAACCUGUUUUGAAGCUCGGACAUGCCGACCUCGGAAAGCCGGCGCUCGACGCCCAGAUGAAGUCAGUAUCGGCUUGCCUCGACAACGUCCUUGUCUUCUCCGACCUCGACGACGAACUGCCCUCGGGCCACUUUGCCCACGAUGUCCUCUCCGACCUCCCCGCCUCGUACCGCGACCAUGUCGACUUUGGAAACUAUACAUACAUGAGACAGCUGCGCGAGAGCGGCGCUCUCGACGUCGACAAGGAGGCCACGGCCAAGAUCAGGGGCUGGAAUCUUGACAAGUACAAGUUCCUCCCCAUGAUCGAGCGCGCGUGGUCCGCACGUCCCAACCACCCCUGGUACGUCUUUUACGAGACCGACACGUACAUCUUCUGGGACAACAUGUUCCGCCUCCUCGACAACUUUGACCCCGACGCCCCGCUCUACAUGGGCAGCCCGAGCCCCGGCCGCGAGGUCGCCGACACGAAGCACCAGGUCUGGUUCGCCAACGGCGGGCCGGGUUUCGUGCUGAGCCGCGAAGCCGUGCGGAGGCUGCUGAAGCGCAAGGUCGGCGCCGACGGAGACUUUCUCGACGCGCCGGCCAGCCACCGCUGGCGGGACCUGCUGGAGCACGACUGCUGCGGCGACAGCGUGCUCGGCUGGGCGCUCUACAAGGCCGGCGUCACGCUGAGCGGCCUCUGGCCGCUGUUCAACCCGCACUCGCUGCAUGGCGUGCCCUGA